AUGCUCCUGGGGAGGCCGUGGGGAGGGUGCAACCCCGGGCGCUGCGUGGUCCUGCUCGCCGUGGCUCUCCUGCUUGAUGCCGCCGGCCUGGCCCUGCUGCUGCUGGGGAUCUUCGCGUCUCUGAGCUACUGGGACUUCUUGGUCUACACGGGCGCCCUGAUCCUGGCCUUCAGCCUGCUCUUCUGGAUCAUCUGGUAUUCCAUCAACAUCGAGGUGUCUCCUGAGAAACUGGACUUGUAG